AUGUGUACUACCAGGAUAUUUGGGCACACGACGGGGUACUGUUUCUUCGGAGCCAAAUCGCAUUUCGUGUUACACGACGCUGGAUGGGUGUCGGCGGCGGUGCUGGAGCCGUGGAUUAGGAUGGGGAGGGUGACGCUGCAGGAUAUUCGGGCACAGGCGGAGUACGACGGCUACUACUACAACCAGUUUUUGGUAGUCAACGAUUGCCUCCACUGCCACCGCUACGCCGCAAACUGGACUUUCUAUUUCGAUGUUGAUGAGUAUAUUCAUCUCCCCGACGGCACCACUCUGGAGUCGGUAUUGAAGGAUUUCUCCAAUAACACACAGUUCACCAUUGAGCAGAAUGUAAUGUCCAGCUCACUCUGCUUAAACCAUCCAUCUCGAGACUAUUCAAGGGAAUGGGGGUUCGAGAAGCGAGACUCGAGAACCAGAAUAAGGCGAGAUCGGAAAUACGAGAUUCAAGCUAAAAAAACCUUCGCCACCGGCGUCCACAUGUCGGAGAAUGUGGCCGGCGGGACUCUCCACAAAACAGAGAGCAGAAUCCGGUACUACCACUACCACAACACCAUCACCGUCCACGAGGAGCUCUGCCGCAACCUCCUCCCGCCCUCCGCCGCCACCUGGCUCGACAAGAUCCCUUAUGUAUACGAGCGGAACACCAUCGGCCGACCACUCCACUACUAA